AUGGGCCUCUUUGGAGGAACCCCAAUGAGGGGCAGAGCCCUUAACUGGGCUAUCACAGCAGCAUCUUGCCAGGGCUUCUUGCUACUAGGUUAUGACCAAGGUGUGAUGUCCGGUCUUAUCGGAGCAGACAACCAAUUCGGAAAAGAUUUCAACUCCCCGGACUCCAACAUGCAAGGCAUCAUCGUCUCCAUCUACGAUAUCGGCUGUGCGGUGGGCUGUCUCUUUGCAUUCUUCUAUGGCGAGAGGGUGGGAAGGAAGAGAAUGAUUCUCGCUGGCGGAGUAAUCAUGGUUAUCGGUACGGCAUUACUUGGUUCUUCUACGACGCUGGCGCAGCUGCUGGUGGGCAGGAUUGUGACUGGUGUGGGGAAUGGCUUUAAUUCUUCGACGAUACCCAUGUAUCAGUCUGAGAUGUCUAAGCCGCAGAAUAGGGGGAUCCUCCUUUGCAUGCAGGGCACAAUUACUAUUGUAGGACUGUGUAUCGCAUAUUGGCUCGACUUCGGUCUCUCGUACGUCUCCGGCCCCGUACAAUGGCGCUUCCCCAUCACCUUCCAAGCCUUCUUCGCCAUUGCCCUCGUCCUGCAGAUGCUGCCGCUCCCAGAGACACCACGCUACCUAAUCGAAAAGGGGCGCGUGACAGAAGCGUCGGAGAUCCUGGCGCGUCUGGAAUUGGAUGUCAAUACAACCAUUGAUAACGAUGAGGUGGUGUUCCAGCGUCGCCAGAUUGAAACUUCGCUGGAGCUCGAGAGCGCAGGUGGGCCGUUUAGAUAUUCGGAGUUGCUGAAGGGCGGCCAUGUACAGAACUUCAGGAGGAUUGUGCUAUGCUGUGCUGUAAAUAUCAUGCAGCAAUUCACGGGUGCUAAUAUGAUAAACUACUACGCCCCCGUCGUCUACGCAAACACCAUGAACCUCUCCCGGCAACUCUCGCUCAUCCUCGGCGGCUGCACGUCGCUCACCUACCUCGCCGCGUCCUUCAUCCCACUCUGGACGGUCGAGAAGUACGGGCGGCGCGCCCUGCUCAUGUUCAGCGCGGCCGGCCUGUGUUUCUGCUUCAGCAUGGUGUCGAUCCUGCUGAGCAUCGGGACGCGGAGCGCGGCGUACGCGGCGACGGCGUUCGUCUUCAUCUUCCAGAUCUUCCUGGGGAUCGGCUGGUUGCCGAUUCCGUGGUUCUAUCCUAGUGAGGUUACGACGACGAGGAUUCGGAGUCGGGGACAGGCGUUGGGGGGGUUUACUAAUUGGAUGUGCGUAUUCACAGUCGUGCAAAUAACACCCAUCGCAAUCGACAGCAUCAGCUGGCACACCUUCAUCAUCUUCGCCGUCUUCUGCGCGCUCUGGGUCCCCAUCGUCUACUGUUUCUUCCCCGAGACGAACCAGCUGGGCCUGGAGGAUGUGGAUCACUUGUUUGAGAAGGGCGGCAUUACAGGUGGCGUGUUUAAGGCUAAGGGGGGCAGAACCGUCGAGCCGGGUGUGCAUGAACGCGUGCCGGAUAUGGGCGAGAAGGGCGUGGUGGAUGGGAAGACGAUGCAGGUUGAGGAAACGGUUUGA